GCAGGUGGCGGUGAAGAGGACGUCGACAACAUCGAGGACGAGGACGAAGUGGUGAACCGGCUCAGAGCUCUCAGCCAAUGAACGGAGACUGGGCGGAGACGUCACUCGACAGUUUUCUGUUUCUGUCUGCUGAAGUCUGAGCUGUCAAUGUUUACUUAACCCCCCCUCCAAAUACCUGCGCAGCUAGUCAAACCAGCCCGACCACCAGCCCCAGCUCCAGCUCCUCUCCGCGGAUACUUCACGGUGUUUGGUGUGUGCGCUCUGACCGGGACACGCUGCAGAGAUGUCCGGCAACGGUGGCUCGGCUGUCGGCCUGCUGUCCUACGAGACGCUGGUUCAUGCUGUGGCAGGUGCAACGGGGAGUGUGAUAGCUAUGACCGUCUUCUUCCCUUUGGACACAGCCAAGAGCAGACUGCAGGUGGAUGAGAAGCGAAAGUCUAGGUCUACCCCGGUCAUCCUGGCUGAGAUCGCAAAGGAAGAAGGACUUCAGUCUCUGUACAGAGGCUGGUUACCAGUCAUCUCCAGCCUGUGCUGCUCCAACUUUGUCUACUUCUACACCUUUAACACGCUGAAGAAGCUGACGGCAUCUGCUCCAGGCAAGUCCAGACCCGGCAAAGAUCUGCUCAUGGGGGUCGUAUCAGGGGUGGUGAAUGUGAUCCUGACCACUCCCAUGUGGGUGGUCAACACUCGAUUGAAGCUGCAGGGAGCAAAGUUCAGAAACGAAGACCUCCAGCAGACGCAGUACAGAGGCAUAUUUGAUGCUUUCUCACAGAUCAUAGCCAGUGAGGGCGUGGGAACUCUGUGGAACGGCACUCUGCCCUCUCUCAUCCUCGUCCUCAACCCGGCCGUGCAGUUCAUGUUUUACGAAGCCAUGAAGAGGAAGGCGGGGAAAGGAGGGAGGAAGAUAUCCUCAGCAGAGGUCUUUCUCAUUGGAGCCAUCGCCAAGGCCAUCGCUACCACUGCCACGUAUCCUCUUCAGACAGUUCAGGCCAUCCUGAGGUUCGGUCAGUACAAAGGUGACGGCAAAGGCGCUUUGAUUGGAAGCCUCUCCAACAUUUUCUCCCUGCUCAUGGAAAGAAUCAAGAGGUACGGUCUUCUUGGUUUGUACAAAGGCCUGGAGGCCAAGCUGCUGCAGACGGUACUGACGGCCGCUCUCAUGUUUGUCGUGUACGAGAAGAUCACUGCCACCACCUUCAAAGUCAUGGGUCUGAACCAGAAACUGAAGCAGUAAAGUACUGUAUCUACGCAUGACGUGUUAAUGCCUCAGUCACGUAAACGUUAUAGGAGAUAACAUACACUACAACCAGAGCUGGGUGUAGUAAUACCGUCUUUUUCUGGACCUUAAACUGGUUAAUUUAUGCAAACUGAACUUGAUGUUCUCCACUGGUAAAUGUCUGUUCUCAUAGGAGCUGGAUUUAUUUUGAUUUUGUACGGUAAAGAGAAGCAAAUUUAGAACCAUAUAACCUAAAUAAGUGAUGAGAAUGCAUUCGUCGCUUUGAUUUGGCUGUAUUCGAAGCCGAAGUGGCUCCAGUAAUAAUGAAAAUGUCAUCACUUUUUAAAAAGGUUUAAUACAAUUAAAUAUCAUAUCGUACCGUGAAAUCAGCUCAGAAUUUAAAACCAGUUUGGGGAAACAUCACAUGAUAUUGGACAUUGUAAGGAAAUAUUUGACAUUUAGGGGAAGAGAAAGUCAGCCGGCUCACUCGGCAUGAGAGCAAAUUUAAUAAGCACGUUUUCCCCAAAAUGUCUCUUAACAUCAGGGGUUUGUUGCAAAUAAUGAGACCAGUAAGCCACUUACUUAGCCUUGAUCUAAACCACUGGACCAUUCUUUGCUCUGUCUUAUGUUUUAACUGUGAAUUUAGGCUGUUUUUUGUUUUAUUUUUAUAGAAACCUCAUGAAAUUCCUGUCAGUUAAAUAAAUGUGCUGACUUAAGAUGUCACAAAUUAGCAGUAACAACAAUGAAAGAGGAGAUAAGUGCAGAUCUCCCGUUUGUAUGUAGAGAUCUGUGCGUAAAAUCUGCACCGACGUUUCGAUUUUAACAUUUAUAAUAUACGAUGUGAGCGUCGACUGCCUCUAAAGCAUGUCACGAACAAACCGAGCUUUAAUGACUGUUGAUGAAACCUAUGAUGCACUUAACUGUCUGCUGUCUUUAUGUCUGUAUCGGUCAGUACCUUUGUUUACCUCUGGGUUAGGGUUUGCAGUAAUUUACAGUGUUUGUUCAUCACAGUGCUGCCUUACAUCUUUAUUAUUACCGUUAUUAUUAUUACUUUGUAACAUCACAUUUAAGAGAUCACUGCCUUUUGUGUGUGUGGUUGUACACAGUCGUGGCUCGGCUCAUGAGAAAGAAACAGUUCACACCCUAGUUUGCACUAUAUCAUAGGAUGUGUCGGUUUUUUUUAAUCCAUUAAUCCAUUCAGGCCAGGGACCAAGAUUUUAGGACCUAGUUUCUCUUUGUGGUCCCAAUAGUAUUGACCAGUCAUGUCUGAGCAGACUUUGGUUGCAUGCAGGCAAACAGUUGCAUGCAGAGUAAAAGAGGCAACAUGUAUUGGCUGAAAUGCUUUUUAUUAGCAUUAAUAUGCAGAUAUCUGUUCAAAAAGGUUACCAGAAAUGUGUCGUUCUCACACAUCAAGUUGCUAAUCAGACUGCAGAGAAAGUCUUGGCAGAACCAUUGGCUGUUGCCUCCAGAGGUUAAGUUGUCAUCAGACGAUACCUAAUAGGUCUAAGACUGGAUUUCCCCAAUCACUUACCUCACCUUUUAAAUGUUUCAGACCUUUUUACUGACUCACACACCUGCCGUCCACAGCUACACCAUGUAAGUACAUAUCAGCAGACUGAAUAACGGGUAAAGGAAAUUGAACUUUUGUGUUGGAAAAGUUAGAAACUGUCCACGUCUUAUUUUUCACAGCGAGCACUGAGAACCACGCAGAUCACAUUCACAGUUACGCAUUCACACCUGUAAGCUGCCCAGUACAACCACGACCAGUCUGAUCUGCUGGCUACUGGAGCUGGAGUUUGGAUUAAGGGCACUGCGGUGGUGUUAAUGAAGCUUUCACACUCAGAUUUUAUGCAGCCUCUCACCUCUCUAACCUUUAGCCCUCCACUGCCACUUUAUUUAGUUGUUAGCCAGGGUGUUUAUGUUGAAAUAGCGAAGAGUGAGGUGAUAAAUGUUCUGCAACGCAACUCAUUUAGACUGCAGGAAAGAAAAUCUGAGGACAUCAGGUGUGUGGAAAAAAAUCAGAAAGCUCUGAACAAACAAAGAAGAGGACCAAAUUAACUUUAUUUAAUAAAAAAUGUGUCACUUCUAGUUGUAAAAAAACAAGCAGAUUUGGACAGCAGUUACUGGAAUACACUCACUGGUUUGAAUUCUUCAUAAUGCUUAUUUUUCUUCCCCCGAUGAAGGAGAUGUUUUGUCUUAACAGUUUACAUGAACAUAUUUUUGUAACUGCUGAUGCAAUACUUACUUGAAGUCAUCUUUACAUAUUUAAAAUCACUUUUUUUUACCUAUUGUUUUCUAAUUUUGUUUCAUUAAUAUACCACUGUUUGUGGGGGGGUUAAACAAGAAUUAAUAAAGUUUAAGAAACUAUUGACUAA